CGGCAUCCCGAAAUUCUCACCUGGCUCCGGCAUCCCAGCUCCUAGCGGCUUACCUGCUCCUCGCGGCUUACCUGUGCCCAGCUCCUUGCCGCGGACAAGCAUUGGCAGGAGGAAGACCGUGACGGAGAGAGACUCGCCAUCAGAGCCGCCGCGCACGCGUACCAUCGGAAGACAGAGAGGAUACAGCGAAGUGGGCGAGACGUGGUAGAUUGGUUGGCCCGGAAGGAUGAUGCGUGAUAGCGUUCAUGCAUUUGCUGCAUGCAUCAUCUGGCAGGGCCUCAACAGGGGACGGGGCAUGGAGAGGCAGACGAUGAGAUAUGAGAGGAUGAUGAUGUACGGAGGACCAGAGAUGGAGAAAUUGAGAGACGGAAGCAGAUGAGAGACACGAAACACCAGCGAUGAUGGACCAAAACAUCGCACAUCAGGACCGAUAACAGCCGACCGACCGAACGACCAACCGACCGCAAGGAGGACACCAUGAAGGAGGAAUCACAUUUUCAGAGAAUUCCCCCAGGUUGUCCUGCUUUGCUCGCACUUUCCUUGCCGAACAGCCACACCAUAGAGCUCUAUACAGCUCGCACAAAUUUUCCUUGGGCUUUUUUAUGUUUGUCUCUUUUGUUGUUUCCUUAUUUUUUACAAAAUGGGGACAUGAACGCACACACCACACACAACACACUCUUUGAACAGUUUCAUGAUACCCCCUCACAACCACACACACUUUACGCACGAUGCAAGCAAGCAAGCGAUUCUCUCGUUACUUUUUUUCAUAUUUUUCUCCUGUUAUUUCGAUUUUCCCUUACAAACAAAGAAACCACUGGGCAGUCGCCCACACUCUCUUCUCUCUCCUACACGUAUACUGCGUGCAAGGCGCUCUCGCCCGCGCAACCGGUCGCUCGCUACCAUGGCUCCUUUGUCAUACUAUAUCUCCUUUUUCCUACAUUUUAUCGGCACGGCUACACCACCAAAAACCAUCGGUCCAACCACGGAAAAACGAAACAAAACAGCGGCAAAGGAAAGACGAAGGAAGCUAGCAGCAAAAGCUCUCGCGGUCGAAAAGUGGCGGCGGCGGCGCGCUGAUCCUGGCUUUCGAUGCCUUUCUCUCUCCCUGCGCUCCCGGUCUCUCGGUCCUCUCUCCUCUCUCUCGUCCUCGGUCACCUUCUUCCUCCUCGGAGUAUCCCACUCGACUCAACCUCUUCCUUUUUUGGCCUUCCGUCUUCCUUUGCGGAACCCCAACCUUUUUAUUGUAUUUUGCUUUUUCUUUCAACGGCGUUUUUUCAGUCUAGUGUGUGCGAGUAUUUCUAACAGUUUGGCACUGCAAUUGAGAAUUAUUUUUACUGAUUCUUUGUUCUUUUGCUUUUUUUUUUUUUUUU